AUGAUUGAACGGUUUCACCGGCAGUUCAAGGCAGCCAUCAUGUGCCACCCUCACUUAGCCUGGCUCGAAGCCCUCCCCGCCGUCGCUCUCGGUCUGCGUGCAACUUUCAAGCCAGACAUUCAAGCCACGCCUGUGGAACUCGUCUGCGGGGAGCCGCUUCGCCUACCUGGAGAACUCCUCUCCGCUCCGACCUCUAAUGUAACCAGCUCGGACCCUGCAGACUUCGUCGCUCGACUCUGUCGCACAAUGGCCGCGCUGCGCCCCUCACCACCAGCGACUCGCCACACCAAGCCGACCCCGUUCGUGUUUAAGGACCUAGCAACAUGCUCGCAUGCCUUCCUCCGCGACGACACCGUACGCGCACCUUUCCAGCCGCCUUACUCCGGACCUUACAAAGUCAUCUGUCGUGACGACAAAACAUUCACCCUGCAAAUCAGUGGAAAGGAUGUACGCAUUUCCAUCGACCGCCUAAAGCCAUCAUACAUCCUUUCCCAGGAGCCUACCAAUCCCCGCACGCCUCUCGCAAUUCCCCGACAACAGCCCGCAACGUCUAGGCUCGCACCCUACACCACCCGCCUUGGACUCCAGGUGCGGGUCCCCAAUCGUCUUCAACCCUGA